CCCACAUUCUCUUCAACCAAUUUCUAAAUUUUCAAUCAACCAAUUCUCAUUUUAGCACCAAUUCUCAACCAUGGAAACGCCUCUUAAAUUUACAAUUGAGAAAGAAUUUAUCAACACAUCUGAAAGAGUUAAAUCUGUUGAUCUCCAUCCAACUCAACCAUGGAUCCUGGCAAGUUUGUAUUCAGGAACUGUGUGUAUCUGGAACUACCAUUCUCAGACCCUGGAAAAGUCUUUCAAGGUCACUGAGUCACCAGUAAGGACAGCAAAGUUCAUAGCCCGAAAAGACUGGUUUGUUUGUGCUUCUGAUGACAAAUUUAUUCACAUCUAUAACUACAACACCUCGGAAAAGGUUAAAGAAUUUGAGGCACAUGGAGAUUUCAUUAGGUGUGUGGCUGUUCAUCCCACAUUACCAUAUGUGUUGUCAUCGUCCGAUGACAAGCUUAUUAAGCUUUGGGAUUGGGAGAAGAGUUGGGAGUGUACUCAAAUCUUUGAAGGACAUUCCCAUUAUGUAAUGCAAGUGGCAUUUAAUCCGAAAGAUCUCAACAGUUUUGCAAGUGCCUCACUUGAUUGUACCAUAAAGAUUUGGAAUCUAGACUCAUCGGCUGCAAAGUUUUCAUGGGAUGCACAUUCGAAAGGGAUAAAUUGCGUCGAUUACUUCAAAAACAGUGAUAAAGCAUUUCUCAUAACUGGUUCUGAUGAUUAUACUGCUAAGGUUUGGAAUUAUGAAACCAAAAGUUGCGUUCAAACACUAGAAGGCCACACUCACAAUGUUACUGCAGUGUGCAUCCAUCCUGAGCUUCCCAUCAUAAUUACAGUCUCCGAGGAUCAGACUGUCCGCUUAUGGAAUGCUUCUACUUACAGGCUUGAGAAUACACUAAACUUUGAUCUUGAGCGAGUUUGGGGUGUUGGGUACAAGAAAGGUUCAAACCAGGUCGCAUUUGGGAGUGACAAAGGAACCAUUUUGGUCAAAAUUAUUAGCAGCUGAGGUUGCAAUCCUGAGAAUUUUAUGGCGUGUUUUGAAGAAAUAACUCGGUCUAUCUUUGAGAUGAACAGAAGAUCAGAGGGAAUAAUAGUUUCUAGUAGCCAGUAUUUUACUAUAUUACAUGUUAAUCUCGCUUUUGUAUCACAAUUUGCAGUCUUCUGCUCUUGUAUUGGACUUGUUAAAUCUAUCUUUUGUAUGAUAUUCAGUUGAAUAAAUGGAUUUC